AUGGCUUCAGUCGGUACAGUCCAAGCCACUAGUGGAAAGGCCUUGUCUAUCGUGGAAGCCACGGUUGCGGAUCUUGCAGCUGCACUUUCACAGGGUUAUACCAACAGUGUUGAGCUGACUGCCAAACACCUUAUUCGUAUCGCAAAGUUUGAUCGGCGCUCGACAUUGCUGAACGCUGUUCCUAUCAUCAAUGAAAAUGCUUUCGAGGCUGCUCAAGCCGCCGAUCAACGUCGCGCCCAGGGCACGGCGACCAAUCUUCUGGACGGCAUUCCAUGCACGAUCAAAGAUUCAUACAAGAUCGAGGGUAUGACUGUGGCGUCCGGAUCUCCCGCCUUCCAGAAUUUGGUCGCCAAUGAAGACGCGUUCACUGUCAAGAAACUCAAGGAGGCCGGCGUGGUGAUCCUAGGCCGGACCAACAUGCCGCCCAUGGCUGCCGGAGGAAUGCAGCGUGGUGUGUACGGUCGUGCCGAGUCACCGUACAACGCCGACUAUUUGACGGCAGCUUUUGCUUCAGGUUCGUCCAAUGGUUCGGCGACGGCGACGGCUGCGAGCUUCGGUGUCUUCGGUAUGGGCGAGGAAACCAUAUCGUCGGGUCGUUCCCCUGCUUCGAACAACGGACUCGUGGCUUAUACUCCGUCCAGAGGCCUGGUGUCUAUUCGAGGCAACUGGCCCCUUUUCCCAACCUGCGACACCGUUGUGCCCCAUACUAGGACCGUUGAAGACAUGUUCGCCUUGCUGAACGUUAUUGUUGCAAAGGAUGACAAGACCUCGUGCGACUUUUGGCGAGCACAGCCCUUUGUUCAGCUGCCAGAAGUUGGCAGUGUUCGGCCAAAGUCGUACUUUGAACUCGCAGAUGGACAGUCGUUGGCCGGCAAAGUAGUUGGCGUCCCAAAGAUGUACAUCGGACUACCUGAUUCUGAUCCUUCAGCUAGGAAAGUCCACACUCGCCAGUCAGUCAUCGAUCUCUGGAGCCAUUCCCGAAAGAUCCUGGAGGGACUCGGCGCCACAGUCAAAGAAGUAGACUUCCCAGUUGUUACCAAAUUCGAGAAGCUGGAUCCCGAUCAAGAAGGCAAAGUUGACAAGGAAACUAUGGCGCCUCCCCAUCGCAACGAGAUCGACAUGUGUCAGUUGAUGGCAUAUGCCUGGGACGACUUCCUGAUCGACAACGCAGAUCCAAACAUCCCUCGGCUCGGGCAAGUAGAGUCUUCAACCAUCUUUCCUCAACCGCCAGGGACCAUCCCUGACAGAUACGACUCCAACGACCCCCUGGUCCGUCACACCGAUGUGGUAGCCCACACUGUAGGCGACCGCCUCGCCACGUACGACCUCCCCAACCUCGAAACCGCCCUGAAGAACCUCGAAGCCAAGCGCAAGACCGAUUUCGAAGACUGGCUCGCCGCUGAGGGUCUCGACACGGUGGUGUGGCCCUGCAAUGCCGAUGUUGGCAAAGCAAACGCCGACGUUGACGAGACCUCGGCCGCGGAGGCGUGGCGUAAUGGAGUUCUCUACUCGAACGGCAACUGCGCCAUUCGUCAGUUUGGCAUACCGACCGUUAGUGUGCCCAUGGGGCUUAUGGCUGACAUCAAGAUGCCGGUCAACCUCACAUUCGCCGGGAAGGCGUACGAUGAUAGUAGUUUGUUCAAGUACGCAUACGCUUUCGAGAAGGCUAGCAACCUCAGACAGGCGCCACCACUCACACCAGUGCUGGCAACCGACGAAGUUACACCUUUGGGUCAGACGGAGCCACUGGGCCGGUUGGCGCCGGAGUUGGAGGUCAACGAGGCGAUCGCUUCGGAGGCAGAGAAGGGCAGAAAGGUCCACAUCUCCGGAAAGCUGCAGAGGGAUCAAGUGAAGUCUCUGCAUGUGUAUAUCGAUGGCGAGGAAACUAGUGAUGUGCUGAUCAAGGAUGAUGGAUGGGAGGCAAGUGGCGAUCUAAGCGGUCACUCGAAUAAUCGACCCGAGGAGAAAAGAGUCCCUGACCUGAACAAGAGCAUGGUGGUGAUUGUGGCGACAGGCCAUUCCGGAAGGUCUACUGGAAAGCUUGUAUUCGUAUGA